UCCAGGCUUUCCCUGUUACAGAUUCCUGUUCCCUGAACUCCACAACACCAACAUCUGGCCAGUGAGUACAAGGACGGUGAUCAUGGUUUGAACUGAUUUAGGCUUGAACACAGGACCCCUGGUAUUACAGAACGACGUCAGAUGGCAUGAUAUACCUUUCUAGGAGGCCAAAGAGCAGGAACAAAGAUUGCCUUGGCUUCCUGCUGCCCUGCUCUUCUUUGGCAAUAUGAACUUUGCCCCACCCUAGUGAAUUUCCUGCCUACUUUACUUUAGGUCCAAACUCCUGCCUAGGCAAGGCCCACAUCUUUUGUUUCCUGUCCAUGGCAUACAGCUCUCCUGGAGCAACACAGACUCAGAUCUAAGAACUGACUAUGAUACAGUACAAACUUCCUGGAUGUCUGAAUGCUGUGGCCUGUGGGGUCCUGCUUCUUGUCCUGCAUGUGCAAGGCCAGGACUCAGCCAGCCCCAUCAGGAACACGCACACAGGCCAAGUCAGAGGAAGCCUUGCCCACAUUAAGGACACUGACAUCGCUGUCCACACCUUCCUGGGAAUCCCCUUUGCCAAGCCACCUUUAGGACCACUGCGCUUUGCACCUCCUGAGGCCCCUGAGCCAUGGAGUGGUGUGAGAGAUGGGACAACCCACCCGAAUAUGUGUCUACAAAAUGAUGAUUUAAUGGGUUCAGAGGAUAUGAAGAUGAUGAAAUCAAUCCUGCCUCCCAUCUCUAUAUCUGAGGACUGCCUGUAUCUCAACAUCUAUGCACCAACCCAUGCCCAAGAGGGUUCUAACCUGCCUGUGAUGGUGUGGAUCCACGGUGGUGCACUCACUGUGGGCAUGGCUUCCAUGUAUGAUGGGUCCACGCUGGCAGCCACUGAGGAUGUGGUGGUGGUCACUAUCCAGUACCGCCUGGGUGUCCUGGGAUUCUUCAGCACUGGAGACCAGCAUGCCAGAGGCAACUGGGGAUACCUGGACCAAGUGGCCGCCCUUCGUUGGGUCCAGCAAAACAUUGCUCACUUUGGAGGCAACCCUGACCGUGUCACUAUUUUUGGAGAGUCAGCAGGUGGCACAAGUGUGUCCUCACAUGUUGUAUCUCCCAUGUCCCGGGGACUCUUCCAUGGUGCCAUCAUGGAAAGUGGGGUAGCCGUGCUCCCUGAUCUUAUCUCCAGCUCCUUUGAGGGAGUUUACAGAAUAGUGGCCAAUCUAUCUGGUUGCGCAGCUGUGAACUCAGAGACCCUGGUGCACUGCCUAAGAGGCAAAACUGAAGCAGAGAUUCUGGCUAUUAAUAAGGUCUUCAAGAUCAUCCCUGCUGUGGUGGAUGGGGAGUUCCUACCCAAACAUCCUCUGGAACUGCUGGCCUCUGCUGAUUUUCACCCUGUCCCCAGCAUCAUUGGUGUCAACAAUGAUGAGUAUGGUUGGAUUCUCCCUACGGCCAUGGACUCAACUCAGAAAAUAGAGGAAAUAACCAGAAAGACCCUGCCAGCUAUUCUAAAGAGCACAGCCCUAAAAAUGAUGCUACCUCCUGAGUGUAGUGACCUGCUAAUGGAAGAGUACAUGGGGGACACUGAGGAUGCCCAGAAGCUCCAAGCACAAUUCAGAGAGAUGAAGGGAGACUUCAUGUUCGUGAUCCCUGCACUCCAAGUAGCACAUUUUCAGCGUUCCCAUGCUCCUGUCUACUUUUAUGAGUUCCAACAUCGGCCCAGCAUCUUCAAAGAUAUCAAGCCACCCUAUGUGAAGGCUGACCAUGGCGAUGAAAUUUUUCUUGUCUUUGGCUCCCAGUUCGGUAACAUAAAACUUCCUUACACUGAGGAGGAGGAGCAACUAAGCAGAAAGAUAAUGAAGUACUGGGCCAACUUCGCACGGCAUGGGAACCCCAACAGCGAGGGUCUACCCUACUGGCCUGUGAUGGACCAAAAUGAUCAGUACCUGCAGCUGGACAUCCAGCCUGCUGUGGGCCGAGCCCUGAAGGCCAGAAGGCUGCAAUUCUGGACCAAGACUCUGCCCAAGAAGAUCCAGGAGCUAAAGGGAUCUCAGCAGAGGCACAGAGAGUUGUAGCACCCUGCAUGAAGAAAAGCAUGUGGGCUUCAUGUCUGAGGAUUCUGCAGACACUGUGAACUCCACACUGUGUGACCAUAACACAUCUGUGAAGAUCUUCGGCUAUAUGUGUGUCCUAGAGAUGAUAUAAAAGAGAAAAGAAUCCCCGGGCAUAUAUAGCAGAAGACAUUUCUAUCCCUGGCACCCUGAUGGUUUCUCCAUGUAUGGAAAUGACUUCUUGCCUUUCAUAAAAUCCUAAUAAAACCCAUCUUUUUAUGACA